UCUCUCUCUCUCUCUCUCUCUCUUUUGCCCAGCGACCAAUGGCUACUAGGAUAUCAUCACCUCCGCACCAACGCUCUCUGUCCUCCCUUUCCUUCCCUCCCGCGCUCCCGACCAGAGACCUCCACCGCCCCGGCCGAUGGCUCGGGACGCUCCGAACCUCCUCCACCGCCACCCCCCGACCGAGGAGGUUGGUCGUCCGGAGCUCCCUCCAAGAACUCUCGCCUCUGGUGCUUCCUCAUCACGCCCCGCAUGCUUCGCUGUUCCUGCUCGCGGACGCCGCGGGUUACUCCCUGGCCAGUUACUACACUUCUUUGGGUCUCUUCGUGAUCUCUGUUCCUGGACUCUGGUCUCUCAUCAAGCGCUCUGUGAAGUCCAAGAUUGUGCAGAGGAAAUUCAUAGGUGAAGGAGAAGAGCGGAAGGCACCGAAUCGCGUUGCUGGGGAGAUUCUGUCCUUCUUCACACGCAACAACUUCGUGGUCACCGAUACAGGAGAGACCAUCACGUUUGAAGGGAUGAUGACUCCGAGCCGAGGGCAAGCGGCAUUGCUGACAUUCUGCACCUGCAUUAGCCUUGCCAGCGUUGGUCUUGUUCUUACAAUAACUGUUCCGGAUAUCGGUAACAACUGGUUCUGGAUCACUACAUUGAGCCCCUUAGCCGGAGCAUACUAUUGGAAGCGAGCAUCGAGGAAGGAGCAAAUCAAGGUAAAGAUGGUAGUGGCGGAGGACGGGACACUAUCCGAGAUUGUUGUUCAGGGAGAUGAUCAGCAAGUUGAGCAGAUGAGGAAGGAGCUUCAGCUCAGUGAGAAGGGAAUGGUUUAUGUAAAAGGCAUCUUCGAGAGAUGACCAGCACCCCAACGAUUCGAAUAUGAUCUCAAAAGUUUUGCGA